GCAGCCUCAUAUGAGACCGCUACUGAUACACACACGGAGAACGCUUCAACUUUACGAGCGAGAAGAACAAUUGUGUCGUGCGUUUGUUGUCGCCCCUCUGCUCCCCCACAUCUCCGCUGUUUGCGCCUGAACGUCACUUUGUCGCAAGUGACUGAAGUGAUUUACUGCUCAGUGCUGGAGCUUGGGUAGCUUUUUGCAGAAUCAACGCAUUUAUUCGGUGUUUCAUCCCAAACUUGUGUCCGGAUAGGGUGAACCGAGUUGAAUCCUGUUUCUUCAGCAAAGCCGCUAACGCCAUUUAAGGACAGUCUAUGUGGAGGACAAGACUGUUUCCAACCAGCCGUGAAACACACCAAGAAUAGAGGGAUCAGGACGAGGAGUAACACAGACAGAUACUAAUCUGGAGCGGGGAAUGUCUGCUGGCACCUUCCCUCUGCCUCCGACCGUCGUGUGACUAUUCAUAGACGAGAGGAGCAAAACAAGCUCUCCCACAGAGCAGCCCGUUCUGCACACAGCUGCCGGAGGGCCAUAGCAGUGACUACCAUGUUAGGGCGGUCAGUGCGGAGAGGGCUCUGACCCAGCAUGGAGCUCAAGGUGUGGGUGGAUGGAGUCCAGAGGGUCGUGUGUGGAGUCACCGAGGCCACCACCUGUCAGGAAGUGGUCAUCGCACUCGCCCAGGCCAUAGGUCGCACUGGCAGAUACACUUUGGUGGAGAAAUGGCGAGACACUGAGCGCCACCUGGCCCCUAACGAGAGCCCUGUGGCCUCUCUGAACACAUGGGGUCAGUAUGCAGGCGACGUCCAGCUGAUCCUGCACCGCACCGGCCCCUCCCUGACUGAACGACCCCCAUCUGAGGGCCCCCCGCUGAGAGGCCCUGAAAGAGGACUGCACCGCCAGAGCCUCCCCCCUCUCGCUAAACUCCGACACCCCAACAACGACCACUCUUUACGUCGCAGAGAGCCGCGUCGUAAGUCUUUGACAUUCACUGGAGCGCCCAGGAGUCUGCGGGACAUUCUGAGCGGGGUUCCCUUGAGCGAGGGGGAAGCAAAGCGGAGAUAUCUAAAUGGCAACGGAGGAAGUCAUCAUCAUCAUCAUACUGUUCCAGCUAUGGGUACUGCGUCUCCGAGUCUAUGGGCCUGUCGUAUGGAGGACUUGGUCAGACUAGUAGGCCUGCAGCGAGAGACUUUGAAUGUUCUUGAGAGGAAGUUGGAGGCAUAUGAGUCUGAACUACACCUCUGGGAUGAAGGGCGGAGAGCAGCGAGAAGUACUGGGGACUUGUGUAACGGAGUAGGGUUGAUGGAGGAGAUUCUGAGAUUGGAGAAACAUCUGAGAAAGAAUGAGGUGGAGAUGGAGGAGGAGGAGUUUUGGGCCACAGAGCUGCAGAUCGAGCUGGAGAGCGAGCGGCAGCUAGAAGACAGGCUCCAGGAGCUGCGCAUGCGUCUGCAAGGAUGUGAGCAGGAGAUAGAAGAGAAGCUCGCUGUGGUGCAGGGUGUGGAGGCGGGUCUGGAGGAGGAGCGUGUGCAGAGAGAGAGGCAGGAGACCCAGUGGGUGACAGCGGCAGAGGCCCGGGCUCAGGUGCUCCGGGUGAAGACAGAGCUCAAAGCCCAGGAGAGGCAGGCUGUGCAGCUGGAGGGCAGCUGCCGGGCUCUGGACCGCUCACUCGGACAGAGCAGUAAGAAGCUACAGGACAUGCAGCAGGAGUUGGAACAGUUGACAAAGGAGCUGAGACAAGUGAACCUGCAGCAGUUCAUCAGGCAAACUGGCACCAAAGUGACAGUGCUGCCAGCCGAACCCACGGAGGAGGAGAGCGCCCCCAACAGCCGGGGAAUAGAUCUACUUCCUCUCACUGGCUCCCUGAAGCGCCCUCCAGGCUCCCAGCAUGCACCUGGCCACCUUCGGGUGCUCCACAGUCCACUGACCUCUGGCCUUAACCCAGAAGGCAUCUAUGUGUGAGUGAGGGAGCAAGUCUGGUCUUAACACAACCAAAAACUUAAGGACAUGAGUAUUGCAGUACAGGAUACCUCACUAAUACACUACUAUGCACUGUUACUCAGAUGUGUGUGAAAGCUACGAGUUUGAGCUAGUAUCGUCAGACUAAAGCACUUUUGGAGUUAAAAGUCGAUGUAAACUGAUUAGGUGUAAUAUUAAGACUACUGGCAAGUGGAAUGAGCGCAGCAAAUUAUCAAAAUAUCUCGAAAUAGGCAAGAAGUAUCCAGAUUUGAAUUAAAGACAGCUGAAUCCAUCCUGUGUAGAGUUCAACUAUGGGUCUAUCCUGCAGCCAGGUACUUCUGACCAACAUGUCGCUUCAAAUCUGGUGAAAUCUGGUGAAAUGUCCUGGGUUGCUACUACUGACAGAUUGCCCCAGAGACAUUGAAGGAUGGGUCAAAUGCAGAUUUAUACAUUAAGUAUGGCCACAAUACAAUAAUAAAUGAUAGAGGAUUGGAUAAAUCAAGCAGCAAGUGAACGUGUGAAUUUUAAAUCUUUGUCAGAAGCAAGAAAAUGAUGUUUAGGGGUUCAAAAAAACAGGGAUAGACCUAGAACAAGUGGGCAAACAAAGUUGAUCAUAUACAAUAAACAAAACUGAUAGAAAUUUUAAGAGGCAGCACAAUAACACUCUAUAAUAACUACACUUUAGCCUUAAUGAAGCAUGAACAGAGCCUCAUUCAUAAUAAACACAUUAAAGUUCUUUAAGAAGAUUCAGGUUUAAUGUAGCUACUCUGGUUUUCUUCAUAAAAAAAAGAACUUUACAUUCCGACUGAUGUUCAUGUGUGUCAAUAUUUAAUUUUUUUCACACUUUCCACACCUUUUAACACCGUGAAAACUAAAAGACGGAUAAAGGAACAUUUUUUUUAGAUCUGAUACAUGUAAUAACAUUUCAAAUAAGCAGUAGUUAAGUAGCAUAUUUUGAACUCAGACGUCUUUUCUUUGCACUUUUCGCUCAAUCUUUUCAUUUUACUACUACUAUUUUCUCCCUCUGUUUAACUUCCAGGGUAAAACAUGUGCUCACGUGACUCACAAAAGGUCAGUUCUUUUUACACAUAAAAGAUAUAUGAAAUUAAUAAAAUAAAGACAGCAAUAUUUUGACACAUCUUGAUCAUUUAGAUAUAAUUUAAAUAUAGAACAAUCAUUUUUUUAACUGACUUCUGAAAACAAAUAUACUGACACAUUACAGCUACACUUACAGCUUAAUCAAUACCUUAACCUUUACUCCUUAAUUAAGUAGUAGCUGAGCCUGAAUCAUUCUUAAUCAUUAUGAAUUAAGUCUUUUUUCAUACUUUAUUAAGGCUAAUUGAAUUGUGCAGUUAACGUCUACAGUCCUGGCCAAACUUAGCUCAAGAUCUUGAUAGAUAAUCUGUUGCGUACGGCUCCGGAUCGCCUGUCCAGUGACAUUCAAAUAAAAAGGACAAAAUAAAGUGUACUUUACCUUAAUUUGCAUAUGCUCGUUUUGGAGUGUGGUCUUAAUGUUGCGCCUGAUCAGUAUCACGUCCUAUACUGCAGUAUUUUGUUAAUAGUGCACAUGUUUUGGCAACACACUUUUAAUUAUGACGUUUGUAACUUUAUGUACAAUAUAAUAGCGUCUUCAUUUGAAUAUUUUAGCAUCCACUGAAUAAUUUUUUCCUGCAUAUUAACUCUGCAAUUGCCUUUUAAACAGUUUUGGAAUCUUGGUAUGUGAACUUAUGAAGUAUUUAGCAUAUGCAUUGUCUACAGUGAUCUCCGCAGCAUCGUGACUGGGCCUGAUGAUGAAUGAAGGAGCCACUAAUAGCAUCUGUUUUAAAGCUGUUGAGAUAUCUUUUUGCAUAUUAAACGUUAUGUGUAGCUGUUCAUUUUAAACUAUGCACAGGUGGAUUUGUCCCUGUUGAAUGUUAAUCGUCUGUAUGUGUCCAAAUUAGUGGCAUAUUGUAAAUAACUUUUCUUAUUCCAAGCUUUAUUUUGAGGAUACUCUAUUUUAUUACCAAGGGGUUGCAUUUUUGGUCACAGAAAUGCAGUAGCCACAUUCCCUCUCUGGUGGUUGAAUUGACUACAUAGUAUAUUUUUGCCAAUUAUAAUCUUGCUUGUUUUUUUCUGUAAGGAUCGGCGGUGGCCAAAGUUGCAUGAUUGUAUUGUUGACGCAGCCGUAUCAAAAUGUGCAAACCACUUUCAAUACAGUAUUAACCUUCGUUAGCAUGUACAUGUGUCAUGGUUAGAAACAGACUUUGUGAGUAAGUUAGUAAUUAAAGAGAUGGUCCAGUAUUUUGUAAAAGGGCAUUUUUAAUACAAGGAUUCAGUCAUACUUUGAUUCAGUUGUAAAAAUACAAGUUGGAGGAGCGGACAGGAGCAGUCGUGAAGGUUUUGUGGUAUGUUAAAUGUAUAGUCGCUUACAUGGAUUCAGUCCAGUGAGGUUCAUGUUAUCUUCGGAGUUUUUUUCAGACCAAGGUUUCGUUUGUUUUCAUACUUGACAGUUUGGACUGCUCACUAGUGGUCGUCCUCAGUGGUGGUGGUCAGGUGAUUUUGCUGUGAGGUGUCCGGUCAGCUGAUUUUAAAAAGGCUUUGGUGCUAUAUUCUUACAGCGUAGGCAGGAUGACGGCGCCAUCUGCUGUCCGACUUCUUCAGGACAGUAUCUCAGACGUGUGAGAGGACAAGAGAGAACUAUUAUUAUAUUAUGGACUGGGACGGAGGACAACAUCGUCACUGGAUUAAGGAGGCAAUCGAAACACAGAAACAUGAGCACGGGACUUUAAACCGGGACAAGGGGGGCUUUUUGCUCUCACACACCUGGGAUACUUUCCUGAAUAUAACAUAAGGACACGUAUGAAUGUAUGUACGGCUAUGUGAAGUCAAUAGUUUGGUUCAAGUUUGAAAGGAAAAAAAGCCUAAAGACAGAAGUGCAGUAGGUAUAAGUGUGUUGCCCAUUCACACAAUAACAGUACACAAUUUGGCAAGGUUUUAAUGAGCCUCCCUUUGAGUUGUGAGUAAAUACUCAACCCCAUUGUGCCACUCUAGCCACUAAAUUUGAAUGCAAUAGGAAUGGGAUUGCAUAGAGUCUGAGUUAUGUUUGCAUUCAAUAGUGUAGUCAUUGUAGUCAUUGUUGUGUGUGUUUUUAUUAAUCUGUUCAUGUAUUCAAACUAAGCACACACUACAAUGUGGCCAUUUAAACCACACUAUGUCGGUUAAUGUUAUCUUAAGUUUAUAUAGUCACAUCAUCCAUCAUCUCUAUUAAUUAAUGUUCUCUAUACAGAGGACAGACCCUGCUUGCUUUUGUUUUCCUCAUAGUUCUGUUGCUUCUUUCUGCUACUCCAAAAAUACACCAACAACUGUAUGAAAUGACUAUUAAUUAAAUGUGUCUGGCAAUAUCCUGGACUAUCUCUUUAAAAGAAUAGUAUGCAAAUCUUUAGGAACUCAUUGUAGAUAGUAGUUGAGCUGCUAAACAUUCAAAGUGCCUUAAACGUGUCGAAUUAAAAUGCAGUAGUGCUUUAGUAGUGUAUGUUUGGAUAUUAGUGCUAUAUACAAGGAGACACAUUAGCACAUAUGUCUAAUUGCAAAUGAAAUAUGCUGUCAUGUGUAUUUGAAGAUGUCAUCGGUAUUGUUAUUGUUACACUAUAGAUUCUGCGUUCAUUUGUGUUUUAAUGUUUAGUCAGUUAUUUCAAUAUGUACAAGGUGAUAAAUGAGAAUAAUUUUGUACUUGUGGCAUUUCAGUCGAAUCAGGGUGAGUCAAAAGAGUAAAAUAAUUAGGUAAAAUGCCUUUACAGUAGAUUAAAAGUACAGAGAAAUAAAAUGGACAGUUUAGCAUAUCAUGAAAUUUGAAUAUUACUGUAAAAUAAUAGGUCGACAUUAUCACUAUGUUCUAAUUUUAAACUUUAUAACAUUUAUAAAGAAAUACAUAUUUUUGUGAUAUAGGCUCAUUUGAAAUCUGAUUUACUGACGUGUAAUAAUCUAGUAUUUUGUUCUGAUCAUGUUAAAUGCCGAAUAAUUAGUGUUUUAAGUUAGCGACAAGUUAAAACAUCAGCACUAUUUUCAAAUGUAACUAUUAAAAAUAUCUGUAGUGACAGUUCAAAGUAUAUUGGUGGAUUUCCCUUUAAGAAACCACUUGCGCUUUCCACUCUGGGAUGAGAUGUCUUGUUUGUUGUUUACAAAAUGCUAUGUUAAAUAGAUCAUGUACGAUUUGAACUGUUCAGGUGCAGUUGUGCUCAUGUUUCUCUGCCUUAAUAAACUGCAUUGUGGGAUGUGGCUGCUGGUAUGAUACGGAUUGCAUGAAUUAAUAAAGUUUCUG